AUGAAAGGACGAAACAGCGGCGGAGCCGCUAAAUCGGCGGGGGGGACGGCCCAGAAGGGUUCAGCCAUCACGCGGGGUGCGGCGUCGACUCUCCCGACUCGUCAAAUACCGAGCAAUAAGAAGCCGGGCCAUUACCGCUCUGCAAGCAAAAUAAGGCUUCUACAGAUGUACAACUCCAAACCAAAGUGGUUGCGACCUGGAGGCAAAGAACCACAGCCGUUAGCGCCCGCAAGAAUUCAGCCUGAUCGUCGGUGGUUCGGGAACACGCGAGUAAUCGACCAGCAAAAACUUGCAGCUUUUAGGGAAGAUAUUCAGAAAGCAACCGCCGAUCCAUACACAGUAGUUCUGAAACGAUCGAAGUUGCCAAUGAGCCUUAUAAAAGAUCGAAAUGUCGGAGGCAAGAAAGAAGCAGUUACUACCGGGGGACAGCUGCCGAAAUUGAGUGGCGAUGCCCUUGUCGCCCUCGAGCCUUUUGAAGGUGUUUUCGGCAGUAAAAAGACCCGCAAACGACCGCGUCUGCAGGCAGCUGACUUGACCACUUUGGCUACCCAGGCUGCUGAACGGGAGGCUGCCUUUGAGAAAUCAACUGCUUCUUCGAGUGGGGUCGCAGACAAUGGCGGCGAGGGAGGUCCUGUAGAGUCAAUCUACCAGAAGGGAACAAGCCGCAGGAUAUGGGGAGAGUUGUACAAAGUCAUUGAUGCUUCUGACGUCCUCGUACAAGUUGUGGACGCACGCGACCCGAUGGGAACACGGUGCACGCGUCUUGAAAGAUAUCUGAAGGCGCAACGCUCGUCGAAGCACCUGGUGCUCGUCAUAAACAAGGUAGAUUUGGUUCCGCCGCGAGUAGCACGACACUGGUUACGGCAGCUCAGCAAGGAGAUGCCAACCCUGCUUAUGCAGGCCGACAAGAACAAGAAGAACAUCGGCAGAAAUCAACUCUUCCAGCUCCUGAGGCAAUACGGGCAGCUGCUUUCAGAUAGAAAGCAUGUAUCAAUUGGCUUUUUUGGCUAUCCAAAUGUGGGGAAAAGUUCCAUCAUCAACUUCCUAAAGAGCAAGCAAGUUUGUAAAGCUGCCCCAAUACCUGGGCAGACCCGAGUGUGGCAGUACGUGGCUCUAACUUCCAAGCUCUACCUCAUUGAUUGUCCGGGCAUUGUUCCCAUCAGUAGCGAUGCGGGCAAUGACACAGAUAAGGUUAUGCGAGGUGUCGUUCGGCCUGAAAGGAUCAAUGCCCCUGAGGAGCACAUUGGAACCGUAUUAGAGCGAGUCAAGAGGGAAGCUGUGAUAACACGCUAUGGCUUAGAUCAAAGCACGACUUGGGAAGAUGCUGAGGAAUUUCUUUCCCUUUUGGCUGUUCGGCUUGGAAAACUGAAGAGGGGUGGGGAGCCGGAUAUUUCUACUGCCGCCCGCAUAAUGCUGUACGACCUCCAACGAGGCAAGCUGCCUUACUACGUCCUUCCCCCCGGUAUGGCGAGUGAAGCUGCAGGCGUAGCUCUCGACGACAGCGAAGUCCAGCUAAACGGAGCAUUGGCGUUUCCGGAAGGAAUUUCGCCUGUCCUAACUGAUGUGACCCACAAAUCUAGCAAGCACGAUGAAGAAGAACCCGCCAUCUUGGGGGAUGACUGCGGGACUCAGGAUGCGAAGAGCAACGAAACCGUAGAGACCGAUGCCGCCGUGCUUGAGCCACCUUCUUCAGAAUGUGUCUGUGGUCCUAACAAGCGGGCUAAAACUAUGAGCUCCAACAGUGGAUGA